AGCCAUAACUCUCUUUAAUCACCAUUCGCUGCAUCCGAGCCAUCAAACCUUACGCCAUCCCAACGCCGUAACGACAUAAUCAGCGAUCCAACAUGAUGAACAACAUCAAGAACAUGCUUGCUCGCCGCGACGAAGAGGACGACGGCCUCACCAGGACCCACCUCGCACUCUUGAUCACCCUCGUCGUCCUUUUCGUCCUCAGCUCCAUGCUCAUCGGCACACUCUAUUUCCUGCGCAGCACGCGCCGCGCCCGCAAAGCCUCCGAGCUCCCUACGUACGAAAAGCGCCAAUCCAACCCCCGUCGCCUCACAAUCACCACCAACAAGGGCCUCACUUCUGUCAUGUACUCGGAGAAGGAGAUUCUGAUGAGCCCUUCUACGCCCACUAGCCCCGUCCCCGAGAUCCGCAUCACGUUCCCCGACGAGGUCGACGAGAGCGGCAAGAAACACCAAGGUCGCGUUGUAGUCGUCAGGGUCGGAGAUCACAGUGUCGGGCUGGAGCCCGUGCAGGCCGCCCCGCCCUACUCGCCUGAAGGGGACGAUCGGUUUGAUUCGCUCGACUUGGACCGCAUGGGUGGGUUGAAGGAGAAGGACGACAAGUACUAUUCCUAGAGACGAGUACAGGACAACGCUCGACGGGAUGGAUUCCAAGUGUCGGGUCUGCGCGGGAUACCACCACACGAGCCGUUCGGCUAUGAACUUUUUGAAAUAAUGACGGGGACACCGCGCUCGGUGUUGUAGGUUUUCUAGCCCGCCGUCUGGAGGAGUGGCUCUGGCUGUGGCGGGAGCUUCGAACGAGGGUGGAAUGGCAGUGGCAUUUACUUUCGGUCUAGCAGCUCUUCGGCGGCGGGCCUGGUGUUGUGCCAUUUUGUAUAUUUCUCGGAGGUGACCGGCCUUAUUAGCAUACCCUUGACGAUCGGCCACGUCUACUCAUGCUGGGUUAUGUGCUCUUACAUAGCUACUUAUUUGAUAAUGUAUCAUCUGUCAA